AUGGAGCGCUCUCGGCUCAAGGACGAAGGACCUCCGGGGGAUGGAGCUUACAGCUCAGUGUCGUCUCCAUCGACGCCCUCAGAGCAGGACAACCGCUUCUCCACCUACUACGAAGAGAAAGUUCCUAUCCCCGAGGAUGCAAACCAGAUGUUCAGUUUCCGGAAGCUGUGGGCGUUCACUGGACCCGGGUUCUUGAUGAGUAUUGCUUAUCUAGAUCCGGGGAAUAUUGAAUCUGAUCUGCAGUCUGGAGCUAAAGCAGGGUUUAAGCUCCUCUGGAUCCUGCUCGUGGCCACCAUCAUCGGGCUCCUGCUGCAGAGGCUUGCCGCUCGCCUGGGCGUGGUCACGGGGAUGCACCUGGCUGAAGUCUGCAACCGCCAGUAUUCAACCGUUCCACGCAUCAUCCUGUGGUUUAUGGUGGAGUUGGCCAUUAUCGGCUCAGACAUGCAGGAGGUGAUCGGCUGUGCCAUUGCCCUCAACCUCCUCUCAGUGGGCAGGAUCCCGCUGUGGGGAGGUGUCCUCAUCACGAUCACAGACACAUUUGUGUUCCUCUUUUUAGAUAAAUACGGUCUGAGGAAACUUGAAGCUUUCUUUGCCUUUCUCAUCGCUGUGAUGGCCAUAAGUUUUGGUUAUGAAUAUGUUUUGGUGAAGCCGGACCAGGGGGAGCUCCUGAAGGGGAUGUUUGUGCCGUACUGCUCCGGCUGUGGCCCGGUGCAGCUGGAGCAGGCCGUGGGCAUCGUGGGCGCCGUCAUCAUGCCUCACAACAUUUACCUCCACUCGGCUCUCGUCAAGUCCCGAGACGUGGAUCGUAAAAACAAGAGGGAAGUUAAAGAAGCCAACAAGUAUUUUUUCAUCGAGUCCAGUAUUGCGCUGUUCGUCUCCUUCCUCAUUAACGUGUUCGUGGUAGCGGUUUUUGCCGAGGCCUUUUACAAUAGAACCAAUGAUGACGUGCUUCAACAAUGCAAUCAAACAGGAAGUCACUUUAAUUACUCAAAGUUAUUUCCUUCCAAUGGAACUCUGGAGGUGGAUAUCUACAAAGGGGGCGUGGUGUUGGGCUGUUUUUUCGGUCCAGCUGCUCUCUACAUUUGGGCCAUCGGGAUCCUCGCUGCAGGACAGAGCUCCACCAUGACUGGGACAUACUCCGGACAGUUCGUUAUGGAGGGCUUCUUGAACCUACGUUGGUCUCGUUUCGCUCGUGUCCUGCUCACUCGGUCCAUCGCCAUCGCGCCCACUCUCCUCGUGGCCAUUUUUCAGGACGUUCAACAUUUAACAGGAAUGAACGACUUCCUCAACGUGCUCCAGAGCAUGCAGCUUCCAUUUGCUCUGAUCCCAAUUCUCACCUUCACCAGCGUCUCCACCAUCAUGAACGACUUCGCCAACGGACUGAUUUGGAAAGUGUUUGGUGGUGUCCUGACCCUGGUGGUCUGUGCCAUAAACAUGUAUUUUGUGGUGGUGUAUGUAACGAAUCUGGACAACACGGCGCUCUACGUGGUGGCGUCGCUGCUGUCCGUGGCCUACCUCCUCUUCGUGGGUUAUCUGGUGUGGCACUGCCUGGUGUCUCUGGGGCUGUCGUGUCUGGACUUCAGGAGCUCGGUAAGACACUCUGAGCUGGAGGAGGAGGAGGAGACUGAUGCAGCUUCUUAA